AAAGUCUACGUCCCUUCCGGUGAGUGGGGCCUUUUUUGUUUUCCCAUAUCCGCCAUUUCAGUUUUUGAAGUUAGUUGUCAUCAGCGGCUGGUUUGUAGCAGCAUUCGUGCCUCUGAAAGAAGCUGUAUGAUUGGUAGACCAGCAGGCUGACCACAGACCACACCGGAGGUGUUUUUACAGCGCGGUUUUCCUCCUGUAUCUGCGGAUUGGAGCCCACACGGCCAGCUGUGGAUGUCGCCUGUUUACUGAACGUGCUCUCGGCGCUAAAGUUUUUUGUAUGAGUUGAAGGCUCCGCUUGUGGAUAACAGGAGGGAGAGCAGGGAAGGCCACGGGUAAAGCCUCGGCUUUGUGUUGGUGAUCAUGGCCGGAAGAUUUGACGCGUCGGACCGCGAGAGCUGGUACUGGGGCCGCUUGACCAGAGCGGAGACGGUGUGUAUGCUGCAGGGGCAGCGGCACGGCGUGUUUCUGGUCCGGGACUCCAUCACCAGCCCCGGCGACUACGUGCUGUCGGUGUCGGAGAACUCCAGAGUCUCGCAUUAUAUAAUUAACACGAACAGCCGAAAGCCCGAGCCAGGUUCGCCUCCCCACAAGUUUCGUAUUGGUGACCAGGAGUUUGAGUCUCUUCCCGCUCUGCUCGAGUUCUACAAAAUCCACUACUUGGACACCACCACUUUGAUAGGUCCCAUGAACAAGUCCAAAAAUCCCCGCUCCGCCCGAGGCGUGGCCAAACCCCCGGCACGCCUGGAAGAUGAGUACGUCCGGGGGCUUUUCGACUUCCCCGGCAACGACGAGGAGGAUCUCCCGUUUCGGAUGGGGGACAUCCUCAGAGUACUGGAGAAGCCUGAGGAGCAGUGGUGGAAUGCCCAGAACUCUGAAGGAAAAACGGGGAUGAUCCCAGUCCCGUACGUGGAGCAGUUCAGACCAGCGUCUCCGAGCGCGAUGGCAGGGGCCGGCGUGCCUGCGGUGCUGCCUGCAGGGAACUCAGACAGCUCUGCGGCUCAGUCCGGCGCUCCGUUGACAGGAGACCCCAGCCAGUACGCCCAGCCCACUCCCCUCCCGAAUCUCCAGAACGGACCAGUCUAUGCUAGGGCCAUACAGAAGAGGGUGCCCAACGCCUACGACAAGACCGCCCUGGCUUUGGAGGUGGGCGACAUGGUGAAGGUGACCAAAAUAAACGUGAAUGGCCAGUGGGAGGGCGAAUGUAAAGGCAAGCAUGGCCACUUUCCUUUCACGCACGUGAAGCUGCUGGACCAGCACAGCGCCGAGGACGAACUGAGCUGAGGGCGGACCGCCGCUCCACCACCUGGACACUAGUACUAGACCCUUCCUCACCUCUCUUUUUCUCACCUACUCCCCCUCCACCCGUCCUGCUCACUCCCCCCACCCUCCCCUUCCUCCCUGAGAUUUUAGCCGCACCAAGUACAGUUUCUGAGAAUCACCAAGAACAAAGCAGGCCCUCGUCGGACCCCCUCCACCCUCGCGUGAUCCGUUUCUACUCGUAUUAAUAAUCACCUCCUCUUCCUCGUCGUCUUUCCUGCUCUCCCAGACUGCAACACGGAAGAUGAACCUGCCUCUGCUGCUCCACAGACUCGGCGACCACUCCCUGUAACUCGUUCCUGCCGUGGACGGCUUAUCGACGCUCGCUCCUAAGGAGACUCCUUGACGUAGCGUUCAACCACUUCCUCUUCCUGUGUGGGAACCAGUAAUGGCUGCUGUCAUUUUUUUUCUUUUUUUUUUUUUUUAUCUUCCACUAAGGGUCACUCAGGCUGCAUUCAUGCCAGAUGGGAAAACAGAACGUUUGCUCUAAUAACUGGUUUCCAUGAGUCUUCAAAGAUUUUAGUGAUUCAACUUGAUUUUUGACAUCCAAAUCUUCAUGUAUUGGAAUAAGGAGAAAUGAUUUUAGUUCUCUUGUUGCAUCCUCAUCAUACAUGUGAAGUUGCAGCUUCAGGAGACAGAUUUUAGGUGUCUGUUCCCCAUUCCCGUCUCGAUUUAAGCCUAUUUUUUAAAAUCCCUUUUAAACUAAAUAUGCUCACAGUUCUGACAUUAUCUUUCCAGCUUUGUUUGUGUGAACUCAAAUUUCCUCAUGAAGUUCUUUGAAGUAGAGGCUCACCAAUCUUGAUUUUAAAUAACUUCACCUGCUGGUACCAACUUUAGCUGAUUCUAGUUUCUCUUUAGGAACCUUAGGGAUAAAAACAGGAUGUAUUUCUGUUCUGGCUGCCAUUUUCAGCCAUUAGAAAUUAUAUUAGGAGAAGAGAUGACGUCAUGUCAUUCACUGGAAAACGGUUUUACAAGAGAAACUGAUUAUAGUUGAUGUCUUGAGCUGCCUUUGGCUCAGCUAGCUUGACAAGAACAACUGUCUCAUUGUGUAUUACACUGAGAUUUUUGAAAAAUCUCAGUGUAAAAAUGUAGAAAUCAGUUUAUACAUUUUCCAUACCAGUUUAUUUUUUAUUAA